CACAAACGUGAGCUGACUCACCAUCGCGCUCGACAACUCCUCCUGCAACGACCACCAGCCAAUCCGCAUCUCCAUCCAAUCCACCUCCAAACCCCACAGCCCCACCAACCUCAGCUCACGCAUAAGCACAUCCCCAGGGAUGAGGAAGGCGCCCAUGCAGCGGGGCGUCCUUGCCGUAGCCGCAGCGCGCUCCACCAUCGUGUUGUUGCUGCUGUGCUCCUUGCACAACGUGCACAUGCACGUGCGAGCACACUCGACAACAACAACGACAACAACAACAACAACUGUCCAGGAUGGAGAUGCGUUGGCGUGCGAGCGUGCUCGAACUGCGCUCCACACAGCGUCUUCCCUUCUCGCAAGCGACGCCACGCAUGAUGGCGCUAGAGAGGCCGUGCUGGGCCCCGUCUACGACGCCCUUGAUCACUUCUGCACCCCGUCUGUGACCUCAGCACACAGCACAGUGCACACGCAACACGACACUGACAAAUCACGGCAGCCACAGCCACCACAACAGCCACAGCCACCACAACAGCCACAGCCGCUGCCACCACAGCAGCCACAGCCGCUGCCACCACAUCAGCCGGCGCAACGACCUGACCCGGUUUUGCCGCGCCUCACUCCGCAGCUGCAGAGCUUUCUACCACAACUCGGGCAGCAUCCCUUGAUACGCCAGCGGCAGCAGCGGCAGCAGCAGUUGCAGCGGCCGCGUCUCGAGCCCGGCAUUGACAGCCACUACGACGACCACAAUGACUCCCCCACCAACAGCCACGACGGCCUCAUUGACUACCCCAUCAACAACUACAACAGUGACAGUGACGAGGUCGGGGUAUUGCACCGACAAAGACGCGUGCAAUCAGAGACGGCCCUCGUGGUGAGCUGCUCGUUGUCGUCCCUUGUCCUUGAGCACAACUGCACCGUGCCAACCCAGCGCGGCGAAAGGGUCACCUUCAACAUCACCUUUGACCUGCCACACGAUGCAAGCGAGAACAGCAACGUCUCGGCGUUUGACCCGCGCACGCUCUUGAGCGUGACGCAGGCUGUGCGCCCGGCAAUGCUGCGUACCUCUGGCGUUGUGGAGGCUGACCAGCUGCGCUGGGUGCUGGAGAACGGCGACUGGUCGUUUGUCACCCACGUCGCCCUCAGCAGCCUCAACUUCAACCAGCUGGUCCUCAACAUGCUCAACAGCUGCGCGUCCCUCAUCGGCAUCAGCGCCGUCAACAACGAUCUCUGGUCCAUCGUGCAGCGCAACAGCGAGUUCCCGCAGCCCUUCACACGCGCCCCGUUUCUUCGACAGCUUGACUUUGCGGGCAACCACUUAUCGCAGCUGCCGCAAGGGGCGCUCGCCAACAUGACCACACUCACCGCCCUCUAUCUCAACGGCAACCUGAUCACCAUGGUCCACCCCGUCGCAUUUGAGGACACGGCACAGCUGGGCGUGCUGCAUCUCGAGUUCAACCGCAUCCGCGAUGUCAAUGGCCAGCCCUUCCGCUACCUCACCCGCCUCACGGCGCUCCGCCUCACCAACAACGUCAUCACCCGCAUCCCCGCCAACACCUUCAGCGCCCUUUCCAGCCUCACUGACCUGAGCCUCACCCAGAACCCGCUGGAAACGCUGCCCAAGGGCCUCUUUGACCCGCUCGUGGGCCUGCGCAGCGUGAUGCUGUCCAGCUGCCGCCUCCUCCACCUCCCGCCCGCGCUGUUUCCCAACCAACCAGGCCUCCAGGCCGUGUUUGUCGACGACAACUUCCUCACAGAGCUGCCGCCAGACCUCUUUGCGGUCACCCCACUGCUGCGCACCUUGCACCUCGACAGCAACAUGCUCACCUCCCUGCCCCCGGGCCUGUUUCGCGCCACGAGCAGGCUGUUCUCCCUUCGCCUCGGUCGCAACCACAUCACCGCCCUGCACCCCGACAUCUUCGCCCACCUGACCAUCGUGUCCACCAUCCAGCUCUUCAACAACCGCCUGCGCUCCCUGCCGUCCGGUCUCUUCCGCAACACCGCGGGCCUGGUGCAGGUGCACCUCGAGCACAACGAGCUCACCUCGCUGCCGCCCAACGUCUUCUCCGGCCCGCGCGCCCUCGUCGCCCUCACCCUCGCACACAACCGGCUGACGGCGUUCUCACACGCGCUUCCCGCUCUGAUUCGCCUCGACAUCAACGACAACGGCCUGCACCACGCGCCAGACGUGACCAAGCUGCCCCGGCUGCACACCUUGCAGUUCAACAACCACCUCAUUGGCGAGGUGGACCUCACCCCCAUGCUCGCCCUCACGCAUCUGACGGUGCUCGCCGUCUCUGCGCAUCGCCAGCGCCCCGGCCGCCUGCUGGUUGACCCGGAUAAGCUGCACACGUGGACGGCAGCGUCCGGGCUCACCACACUGCAGGCACGCCACCUCGCCCUCCCGCCGCGCUUCCUGCACACGCUCUUCGACAUUGGCGUGCGCCUGCGCAACUUUGACCUUGGCUGGCCGGGCAUGGACGAGACGUACGCGUCAUCAGACCUGCUGUGCAGCCUGCUCACGCAAGAUGCGGACGAGGUGCUGCUCACAGAGACGGGGUACACGGAGCUCACGCUGUGCCGUGACAUCAGCAUUGAGUCGCUGCUGCUCCCGCACAACCCCAUGCUGAAGCAGAUCACCGUGCCCGGCAGCAUCAGCAGCAUCGUGGUUGCUGGCUGCAAGCAGCUGCACUCGCUUCGCGUUGCGCGCGUUCACGUGAUGGACGUCACCGAGACCAACCUGCCCUACUCCAACGCGUUCUGCGUGACGUGGGGUGCAACCUUGCUGUUUGCGCGCCGCAUGCUCAACGAAAGCUUCUCCCACCCGGGAAACCUACAGCGCCUCGUGCGCGUGUGUCUCGCAACGGUGCUUGCCCUCGACCUCUCCGACAACCCGAGUCUGAACGACCCGCAGCUCAUCAACGCGGUGGUGUCGGAGCCAACCAUCAUCAGCUCCCGCUCCUUCGCCCAGGAGGCCUCGCUGGAGGUGGUUCCCAGCCGCCCCACCAUCCCCGUGUUCAACAUCCCAACCGCCGCCAUCGCCUGCCAGCCGUUCCUCACCACCGUCCGCGCUCGCCCGCGCACCGGCAACCAGGACGCCGUGACGCUGCUGGCCUACGCGUACGAGUGCGAGUGCCAGUCGCGCUUCCGCCUCUCGGGCGGCGUGUGUGUGCCGGACACGCUGACGUCUGCGCAAGUGGCCGGCAUUGCCGUGGGCACCAUGCUGGCAGGCGUCACGGUGGCCUUUGGGCUGCUUGCCCUCUACCGCACCUACACGCGCAGCAAGCUGUACCGGCUUGGGCUGGAGUCUGAGAAUGAGCUGCAGAAGCGGUUGAUUGAGGAGAGGGACGAGGAAGUGAUGGCGCUGAAGAAGGCGUGGGAGAUUGGGCACGAGGAGCUGGCGUUUGUGCGGCGCAUUGACGCGGGCUCCGAGGGCGCCUUUGGCGAGGUCUGGCUUGCGAGCUGGGACACGGUAAUGGUGGCGGUGAAGGUGUUGAAGCAGAGCCUGAUGAUGUUUGACGAGAGCACGGUGCUUGAGUUUGAGAAGGAGGUGGAGUUCCUGCAGCGGACACGGCACCCACACGUGGUGCGGUUCUUUGGCGCGGGCACAGACCCCAACACGAACAGCCCCUUUCUUGUCUUGGAACACGUUGCGCUUGGCGCCCUCAAGUCGCUGCUGGAGAAGGAUUUGGAGGCCAUUCUCGCUGAGCAGUACCAGCAGCAGCAACAACAGCAGCACGAUGAUCUGCAGACGAGUGGUGGCGCCCUUGCUGCGUCCACACUGCAGUCGUGGCCGAAGACCGUGUGGGACCUGAAAGUUCGGCUUGCGCGCGAUAUUGCCUGCGGCAUGGCGUUCAUCCACAGCCUCGGCCACAUUCACAGGGAUCUGAAGAGCGGCAAUGUGCUAGUGUCGGCCACGCUGCGGGCAAAGAUUACGGACUUUGGAUCCAUUCGCCAGUGCCUGAUGAGCCCCGUCGGGGCCACACACGGCAGCACCCGCAGGGGAACUGGCGCGUCUGCAACGAUGGUGACGAGCAUGGAGGGCCCAGAGCACAUGGCCGGUGCACGUGUGGACAGCGCCCCAGAUGCAAACGGUGGUGUUGAGCAGGACGUCAAGUACUCGUGUCAGGUUGGCCUGAUGACCCUGCACAUGACGAUGACGGCUGGCGUGGGCACCCCGCUGUAUAUGGCGCCCGAGGCGCUUGACGGGACCAUGUACAACUCCAAGGCAGACGUGUUCAGCUUCGGCGUGCUGCUGUGGGAGAUUGCGGCUGAGGCUGUGCCCGACCUCAUUUCGCAAGAGAAAGGCGGAAACUUCAACGGCCCGCUCCUGCUCACCCUCGAGAAACUUCUCAAGGAGGGGAAACGCCUUCGAUUCCCAAAGACGUGUGUGCAGUGGUAUGCCGAAUUGGCAGAGCGCUGCAUGCGCCAGCAGCCGCAGGCCCGCCCCACGUUUACCGAGCUGGAGAUGCACCUCACCGAGGCACAGGACAACAUGACUUGAAGGCAUUGUCAAGACCUCUUCGUUGUGGCUUGUGGUUUGUCAACGCAACACGGCACGGCACGCCACGCAAGAGAGUGCUCCGGCUUGUGUGUGUGUGUGUGUGUGUGUG